AUGGCGGCGGACGCGGACUCAGCGCACGUCAACAAGUCGUAUUUCAACGACGAGGCUACAAACUACGACUCGAAACACAGGAAGCUCAAUGAGAGGCUCACGCGCGAGCUGCAGGCGCGGCUGGCCUUCAUUGGUGUUGACUGGGUUUCUGAUGAUGACGAGGGGGAUGAGAGUGAUGAGGAUGAGGAUGAGGAUGAAAAGGUGAAGGAGAGUAGAAAGAGACGGAAAAAAGGGGCUGAGAGGUCUGAUGAGAACAGGAGAGAGGUACGCCUGCUGGACUACGCUUGUGGUACGGGCAUGAUAUCGCGGGCACUGGCUCCUUACACGACGCAAUGCGUGGGCAUCGACAUAUCGGAGAACAUGGUCGCGGCAUACAAUGCGCGGGCUGAGAACCAAGGCCUCUCAUCCACCGAGAUGCACGCAAUGAUAGGCGACCUGACCGUGCCCGACACAUCGGAUCAUCCGGCCGAGCUGUCAGCGCCGCACAUGUCCAACUUCGACAUCGCGGCUGUCGGCGGUGGCUUCCACCACUUUGCCGACCCGCAGCUGGCUGCUACGCGGCUGGUCGAGCGGUUGCGUCCGGGCGGCGUGUUGUUGAUAUGGGAUUUCCUGCCCCACGGAGGAGGCCACGGCCACAAGCACGGCGCGCAACAUACGGUGAUGCACCACGGGUUCAGCGAGGGGCACAUCCGGAGCAUCUUCGAGCGCGCUGGAGCGGGCCAGGAUUUUGGCCUGGCGGUCAUCGGUGGCGGAGUCAUUAUGGGACACGGGAGCCUCGAGGAGGGCGAUCAUGCCGGUCAGGAGGCCUUGAAGAGACAGGUCUUCUUUGCGAGGGGUACAAAGGCUUGA